AUGGCGCGCCAAUCCAAGCCCAAACAGAAGCCGUUAUACACUCUCUUCUUCUUCAUGAUCCUUUGUGGAUUCACCUACGGUCGCUUCAUUACUGACAGUCCAGAUCUCGUCUCUGACGGGGUUCAUACACGCGCCUCCAGUUUGCCUUCCUUUAUCCGCCUGUACGCGGCGGAGGAGACAUGUGAACAGACAUACGGGUUCAUGCCGUGCACCUCUACGGCGCUGGGAAAUUUGUUCCUAAUUAUAGUUUAUGGUUACCUGAUGUUCCAAGCCGCGACGUAUCUCUCCACUGGUAGUGAGCUUUUGCUUGAGAUUCUCGGUCCUGGAAUUGUUGGUGGUCUUUUUCUCCCUAUUCUCGGAGCUCUUCCUGACGCUAUGCUUAUUCUCGUCUCGGGGCUAUCUGGAAAUGCAGAAACUGCUCAAAGCCAGGUCUCGGUUGGAAUGGGUCUACUGGCUGGGUCAACAGUCAUGCUUCUUACUCUAAUAUGGGGCACCUGUAUUGUUGUUGGGAAGUGCGAUAUACAGAAUUCUGUUGCGAUAGACUCACAAGAUACAAGAGGCUUCAGUUUAACUGGUUCUGGUGUUUGUACUGAUAUCUGGACAAGUUAUGCUGGCAUUAUCAUGGCUAUAAGUGUGUUACCAUUUAUAGUUGUCCAAUUACCACAGAUUCUCCAUUCAAAUUCAGGAAGACACUUGGCUGUCCUGAUUGCUCUUAUUAUUUCUUUCUCAUUUCUGAUCUCCUAUUGCCUUUACCAGGUUUUUCAACCCUGGGUACAGAGGAGACGGCUUGCUUAUGCAAAGCAUAAGCAUGUCAUAUCAGGAAUCUUGAAGCAUGCCUUGGGAAGGCUCUCCAUUGAGGAUGGAAAACCCAAUGAAGAAGUGUUGACGAGGUUGUUUAAGGCAAUUGAUGAGAACGGCGAUGGAUACCUUUCCCGGACUGAAUUAAGAGCAUUAAUUGUUGGAAUCCAGUUCAAUGAGAUUAAUUUGGAUGAGAGUGAAGCCGUGGAGAAAGUGAUCAAGGAUUUUGAUAAAAGUCUAGACUCUCAAGUUGAUUUCAAUGAGUUCAUGACUGGAAUUGAGAGAUGGCUUGGAGAGGCCAGGAGUGCAAAAGUUCUAAAGCAUGAUGGUCCUGAUACAAUCAAGUAUUUAGAUAAUUUUCACGAGCAAACAAAAAGAGAACACGAUCUUUUGGGUGACCAAAGUGAUGAGAUUGUUGAGGGCGUCGAGAAUCCCAGAUCGACCUCAAUUAAAGCUGCUUUGUUAUUGCUGCUGGGAACUAUCAUUGCAGCUGCAUUUGCUGAUCCUCUUGUAGAUGCUGUUGAUAAUUUCUCAAGUGCUACAAGCAUUCCUACUUUCUUCAUCUCAUUUAUUGUGCUGCCAUUGGCCACCAACUCCAGUGAGGCAGUGUCUGCAAUUAUAUUCGCCAGCCGGAAAAAGUCCAGAUCUGCCUCAUUGACAUUUUCAGAGUUAUAUGGAGCCGUAACUAUGAACAAUACCUUGUGCCUGUCAGUCUUCUUGGCACUUGUUUAUGUAAGAGGAUUGGUUUGGGACUUCUCGUCUGAAGUUUUGGUUAUAUUGAUUGUGUGCAUUGUGAUGGGAGUCUUCGCCAGCAUUCGCACCACUUUCCCCCUCUGGACGUCUUUCUUAGCUUUCCUGUUGUAUCCUUUCUCUCUGGCCCUCGUGUAUGUCCUUGACUACGUCUUUGGUUGGUCUUAG